GAGGAGACGCAUCAUCUGUGCAGUGGUGGAAGCAACAUCUCCUGGUCGCAGUCUGACAGCACAGCAAGCAGCGUUUGUUUUCCCACACUUGGUUCUUUGAAAGUGUUGUUGUGCGUGACGUGGCGAUGUGGAUUUACAAGCUCAUUAUCGGACUCUUCAUCAUUUCUUGUUCUGAGGGCAAGAGAAAUGCGCUCCAGGACUACCAGAAGACUGAGGGGAUACGGCUGGUUGUCCUGUCUCCAGAUGCCUCCCACCUGACCAAAAGCAAGAGGGUCAGCACGGCCAAGUGUGCAAAAGCCUGCAGCCGCAACAGAAGACUUCCCUUCAGCUGCAGAGCGUUUCUCUAUGAUCAUAAAAACAGGAAAUGCCAGUGGCUGUCGUUCGACAAGAACUCACCAGGAGUUCAGAGCCAACAGGACUUCAACUACCAACUCUAUCAAAAGAAAGACUAUGUGAGGGAGUGCAUUGUGGGUACAGGUCAGAACUACAGGGGGCGGAGGUCGGUGACAGUGAGCGGGAUCCUGUGCCAGGCUUGGGCCUCUCCUAUUCCUCAUGAACACAAAUUCAUGUCUAAGAGGUUCAGGAAGAAGGACCUCAGAGAAAACUUCUGUCGCAACCCAGACAACUCCACCGUCGGCCCAUGGUGCUUUACCACAGACCCCCGGCCACACCUCAGACACCAGGAGUGUGGCAUACCGCAGUGUUCACAGGUUGAGUGUAUGAACUGUAAUGGGGAAGAUUACAGAGGACCCAUGGACCACACAGAAAGUGGAAAGGAAUGCCAGCGCUGGGACCUGGAUGAUCCACACAAACACCUGUACCACCCCAAGAGGUACCCGGACAAGGGCCUGGAUGAUAACUAUUGUAGAAACCCAGACGGACGCCAAAGACCCUGGUGUUUUACCACGGACCCAAACACACCCUGGGAGUAUUGCAACAUCAAAGUUUGUGAAACACCACCUGAAAAUAAUGAGGUGGAAACAACCGAGUGUUACCAGGGCAGAGGAGAGAAUUACAGAGGGAUGGUGGAUGUGGUGCCUACUGGACUCACCUGCCAACGCUGGGACUCUCAGUAUCCCCAUAACCACACAUUCAUACCUCAAGCCUACCCCUGCAAGGACCUGAGAGAAAACUACUGUCGGAAUCCAGAUGGCCAGGAAUUCCCGUGGUGCUUCACUACAGACCCAAGAGUGCGCACAAUGUUCUGCACCAACAUCCCUCAGUGCGGCACCCAAAACAAGGCUGUCAGUGACUGCUAUGAAGGCUUUGGGGAGAAUUACCAAGGAGAGCAGUCAAGGACUAGAUCAAACCUUCCCUGUGGUCCCUGGAGAAACCACAGCAACAGUGGCAUGCUGAUGGCUAGCCUGGAGGGAACCUACUGCAGAAACCCUGAUAAAGACAAACAUGGUCCCUGGUGUUACACCAACAACUCUGCCAUUCCCUGGGACUACUGCAAUGUUAAACCAUGUGAUGCUUCACAGAACACCAUUCCACUGGGUGAGCUGUCCUCUGGGGGGUGUUUUGUCCAUAAAAGAACCAGGAUUGUGGGAGGUUAUCCGGUGGGCAUAUCAGACGGCAGCUGGAUGGUCAGCAUACAGAAAGGGUCACAGCACUGGUGUGGAGGUUCACUAAUACGAGAGGAGUGGGUCCUCACUGACAGACAGUGCUUCUCCUCAUGUGUUCCAGACCUCAGCGAGUAUCGGGUGUGGCUGGGAGUCUCAGAUAUUCGAGAGGGCGCUCCUGACUGGUCCAAGAGACAGGAAGUCAGCAUAGCUCAUGUGAGAUGUGGUCCUGAGGGCUCCAGUUUAGCCCUCGUAAGGCUGUCUAAGCCUGCCCUUCCCGCAGAUAAUGUCCAUACACUUCAGCUACCCAUUGCUGGGUGCUCCAUUCCAGAAGGAACAUUAUGUAAAAUGUAUGGAUGGGGGGAGACCAAAGACACUGGCCACGAUGACAUACUGAAGGCGGUGGACCUGCCCAUUGUCAGUAAUACGAGGUGUAGAGAGAUGCACAGAGGGAACCUCCACAUCACCAACACCAAGAUCUGUGCAGGAGGCAGGAGGAAUGAGGGAGUGUGUGAGAGGGAUUACGGCGGCCCUCUUGUGUGUCAGGAUGGAGAGCUCAGGGUUAUUGUGGGAGUGAGCGUCCAUGGCAGAGGCUGUGCACGGGCAAACCAGCCUGGCAUCUUCAUCAAUGUGCCCUACUACACACAGUGGAUCUACAAGGUCUUCAAAUACUACCCCAACCCUGAGACUCAGUAGAGCAUGAAACAGAACCAGGGGGGACUAAAUCAAACCUAGAGCCUCUACUUCUGUAAUUCCAGCUGUGCACUCAGGACACCUGGUUUCUAUGUUGUUCCACCCUGCACAGCCAGCAGAUCAAUUCGAGCCUGAUCUGAGCACUCUUAACAGAUGAAUGCAUGGGGUAACACUGUGAUUUAAACACAUCCUGAACUGAUUCUUUUGAUUGAGUUGGGAGCAGACCAGGCAAACAUUUGGUUUCAUCCAUUUUACAUGAUUUUUCUUUUGGUAGCAAAUCCACCAGAGUGGUAUGUGUGUAUGUGAAUACUCUUGAUUCCUGGCAUUACUUGAAUGUUUGAACACCAAAGUGCAGUGGUUCAGCAGCUCCCUUUGUAGAGUACAUCAAUGGGCCACUUAGAAAACUAUCCAGUGGUAGGGCAAUGUUAAGGGCACUCUCGUCAAGCUUCACGCAUCUCCAGGGGGAUUAGAUAGAGUGGUCCUUACUGUACAUAGUAUUUUAAUGAGUGUAUUUGUGACACUCUAAAGGUGAUUUGGGUCUUAUAGAUCUAUGACAAGAGAAAUUAAUGUCGUGGAAGGCAGAUAAACGAUGUACAGUGUGUUAUCUACAUUUCAGCUUUUCAGCCAAGUUUCCGUCUCAUAAUGAUGUCCACUGUACGGAAGCACCAAAGUGAACUCCAUUUUCAGUAUUUUAAUGUUAUCGCGAAGUCACUGACUGUAUAUAUGAAUGUGCUCUUUGCAUUCUGUGUAGAUGAGAGGAAUGUAUGGCUGGUCAGCGUUAAAGCGUUUAAAAAAAGAAGCAGAAAAUGUGACAUUCAUGCUCUUUCUAUAAAGAAUCGAAUAUUUCCAAUGUGCUAAUUCAUCUUGUGUGUGUGUGCAUCUGUUUUUGGAAGUUUUUCUGCAGUAGUGUCAGUAUGCAAAGAGAAGACUGCAGAAGGAGAGAGUGUGUGUGCGUGUAUGUUUGAGCCUGAGCUGAAUGAAUUAUCAUCUCCCCACACUCAGACCUUGGCAGACCUCCAAUUUCAAUCCACUCUGGAUAUUAGCGUCACAAAGUCUGUCACUUCAAACUUUGUCAUGGAAAAGAAGGGACAGUCUUUGUAACUGCAUUGUCUGUAACGGAUGCUUCACUGAGAUCACUGAACGGCCCUUGAAACAAAUUAACACAUCUCCUUUAGCAGUGUAAGUGAUUGCGAUGGCUCUGUAUUACAACAGCAUUAUGUCCGUAUAUGAGUGAGAAAAUGUGUGAGAGUGUGUGUGUGUGUGUGCACUGAAAGAGGUUGCAAGCUGCUAUAUUCUACAGGUUGUACAGUACUGUCUUAUGUUUCCUGUAUAAUGUACAUUUACUAUAAAUUCCAUGUCAUCUUAUCCAAUAUGCUAAAUGUUAAACCCAAUUUCAGCAAAUAUUUGAAAUGUUUUAUGAUGUCUGUCACUAUAAUA